GCGCGCCGUUGUCAAUCAUGUUGUCCUGGGACAUGUCAACCAUCGUUAUGAUAAUGACGACCAUCAAUUUGGUUUACACUAAUGGAGCUUCCAUUGAUUUUGAUUCUACUGAUUAUGAUGGGCUUUCGGAAAACGAAGAUAAAUCUUCCAAUGACAAAGAAUUGUUUGACUCGCACGAGGUUCGCUGUUAUUGCAAUCAACCUGAUUGCGUACCACAAGGAUAUAUGUGCCGUGGUAAAAGUUGCUUCACAGAAAUACGUCCAAACAUUGGAUCACCCUUAUUAAGCACGGAACAUAUUACGUAUAGCGGUUGUUUCAAUCAAAAUUUCAAGGAACCACAAUGUCCAGCAGGAUUUAUAUGUUGCGAACAGGAUCUUUGUAAUCACGUGGACAGUCCUGAGAUGAGGAAUACGCUUAACAAAACUAUUCAAAUGAUCUUGGAUGAACAACGAGCGUAUCUAGGAGGACCAGUACAACCAACCGGACACGGAAGUCAAUCUUCAGAUAACUGGUUUAAAACCGCGACGAUAGCCGUUCCAAUAGGUGGAAUUAUUGCUCUGUUGAUCUUGGCCAGUCUUGCAAUCAGAUUUCUAAAGCCAGUACCUCUGCAAAGCGACAAACUUGGAGGUCACAGAACGGCGGAUAACGGGCCACCAUUACUGGGACCAGCUAAAGUGCCUCUCGUUUAAAAUAAGAAAUAAACAAAUUAAAUAAAAGAAGAUAAAACAAGAAGAUAUAUAUAAUGAAGAAGAAAACUACACAACAAGAAAAAAACAAACAAACAGACAAACAAAUAAUGAAUUUCAUUUUGCGAUCCAAAGACACUCGUUUAUAUAAUCGCUUUAUCUAGAGAGCGAAUUAAUUAAUUAAUUAACUAUAACAUUAUAUAUUUACAUAUGUAAGAAGCUAGCGAGCUAUACUUGGCUCUACUUGGCUGUGAAUCCUUUCAUGGGAAGCGUCUUUUUUAAUUGUAAAUUAUGAUUGAUCAUACACACCGUUACUCGCCUUCCCUUCACCCUCUUCCACCUCCCUGAAACCCUGUCCUUUUAUUUCGUCGCAUUUUUUAUAUAUAAAUAUAUAAAUACGUCUGAAAAGACGAUUAUUUUGUAAAGUAGAUAAAAAAUU